CCCCCACGCCCCACCGAUCUGACGCUUGAACCCAUGGCUCCGCUCCUCCCCCGCGCGGCCCUCCUCCGGCCCGCCGCCCGACGGCUCACGGCCCGCGCCUUCCUGUCGAGCGCUGCGGCGGCGGAGGCGCCGUCCGGCCGUGAGGGGGCGGUCGCUGCCGCUGCCGUGGCGGUCGCGGCGUCCGGGCUGGGCCUGUGGCUGAUGCCCCCCUCGCUCGCGGACUCCGGCGGGGCGGGCGACGCCCCUGCGGGGGCACAGAUCUCGUUGGUAGGCGCCGCCGCCGGCGCUGGCGCUGGCGCCUUGGAGGAGCAAGGGAAGAAGAGGAGGUUCCUUCUCGGAGAUUCAUUCCGCAGAAGGGUGUUCUUCAAUUACGAGAAGCGGAUACGGCUGCUCAGCCCUCCUGAAAAGAUUUUUCAAUAUUUUGCGUCUGUGCGGAACCCCGAUGGGGAAGUAUUCAUGUUGCCUGCUGACUUGAUGAGAGCAGUAGUUCCUGUUUUCCCUCCAUCGGAGUCGAACAUAGUUCGGGAGGGGAGGUUAAGGGGGGAGCGCAAUCCUGGAGAGUUGCACUGUGCUCCAUCUGAAUUCUUCAUGCUGUUUGACACAAACGGUGAUAGGCUCAUCUCCUUUGCCGAGUACAUCUUUUUUGUGACCUUGCUCAGUAUUCCUGAGUCAAGUUUCAGUGCGGCCUUCAAAAUGUUUGACGUUGACCACAGCGGGGAAAUAGACAAAGAAGAGUUCAAGAAAGUAAUGGCACUGAUGCGAUCCUAUAACAGACAAGGAGCCACCCAUAGGGAUGGCUUACGUACUGGACUAAAAAUCAGCCAGCCUGUGGAAAAUGGAGGAGUAGUUGAGUACUUCUUUGGUAAUAGCGGGAACGAACCUCUACACUAUGAAAAGUUCACAAAUUUUUUGAAAGGAUUGCAUGAUGAGAUUAUUCGUCUGGAAUUCAGUCAUUAUGACGUCAAGUCAUCUAAUACUAUUCCAGCAAAGGAUUUUGCAUUAUCCAUGGUCGCUUCUGCUGACAUGAGUCACAUCAACAAGCUACUUGAUAGGGCUGAUAAUUUAGGCAAUGACCCUGAUCUCAAAGGAGUGCGCAUCACCUUCGAGGAGUUUAAAUCCUUUGCUGAUUUGCGACGAAGAUUGGAGCCACUGGCGAUGGCUAUAUUUACUUAUGGCAAAGUAAAUGGGCUCUUGACAAAGCAGGAUCUCAAGCGUGCAGCGCACCAUGUUUGCGGUGUUGACUUAACUGACAGAGUAGUUGACAUCAUUUUCCAUGUUUUUGACACAAAUCAUGAUGGGAAUCUGAGCUCGGAGGAAUUCGUGAGAGCAUUGCAAAGACGAGAAACUGAUAUUCGUCAGCCAGCAACACCAGGUUCUGUGGGUCCGUUGUCUUCCUGGCUGAACUUCAACACGUGUUCUGUACUUCGACAGAUGCUGCUCAAGUAGACUAUUUUCAUCCUUGACUCCUUGCUAUGUCUCGGUCGGAUUUCCAUCAGGGAGACGCCAAGCGAUUUUGAUGUAAAUAUCGUGUGGGCUGUCGAAGGUUGCUCUGUUACAUAGCAGCUGUAAAUACUUUAGUGCUUUUUCUUGCAGGAUAGAUUAUUCUUCUGUAAAUUAAGCCCCACGCAAAAUAUAGCUGAUACUUACAGUCAAAACAAUGAAACUGACUCUCAUAAGACUUGAGGUUAAAUGUUAAUCGUGUCUAUCUCCAUGGUUCCUAUAAUCCUAUGUGUGUACCGUGCUUCAAUUGCAUCUGUUGAUGUUUAUAUCUUAAGGUGAUUGAAAGGGCGAAUAUGUUUGGAACACCUCAA